AUGAAGGCACCCUACUCCUUGUCCUGCCUCCUGAUGCUCAGCCUGGGCACCUGCUUCCCUCUGGAUGACCGAGCAGGGCCAGGAGACCCAGGCCCAGCCCUCCCGCUCGAGCCCAGCUGGUGGGACGCGGUGGCCUGGAAGAGGAGCACCGAGGACCUGAGCUCGCUGUUCAGCAUGGCCAAGGAGCUGCAGGGCUUUGACCAGGAGCAGGCCGGCUUCGGGCAGCAGCAAGAGAGGCCAAGCGAGGACGGUGAGGACAUCCGCUUCCAGCCGCGGGACGACGGGGAGAAGCGCAGCGGCGUGCUGGGCAGCCUGGCCGAGAAGCUCAAUGGCUACAACCGCAAGAAAGGGGGGUUCAGCUUCCGCUUCGGCAGGAGGUGA